AUGGCAACACAGCUGAUUCAGGAUGAUUUAACAUUGACCAGGAGAGUUGGUGGAGACGUCUCCUUCAACUGUCGAGGCACUGAGCAGUGUGACUAUAAUUAUAUAUUCUGGUACCAGAAGAGAGACACAGAAACAUUCACACUGAUUCUGUAUAUUAGGAGGGAUAACGGUGUCAUAGAGAAGGAGAGAUACAAUCAUCCUCAGAAAGAUGAUUUCUCAGCUGUGAAUACACAGAACAGCUGUGAGUUGCAGAUCCAGAAAGUUAAACCCGAUCAUUCAGCCACCUACUACUGCUCCUGUUAUAAAUAUGAUCCCCACAGUGAGAAAUGCUCCCUGCAGCCUGAACAAAAACCUCCAGAUGAACAGAUGUCAAACAGUGUUUGUGACAGGAAGAGAUCAGGUGAAACAACACCCAAGUCCAGUCCAGCCUGGAGUCAGCUCCGGGUUUCUCCUGGCACGGCACAGAAGAUCUGCUUCAGCGGGGCUUUGAAUAGCCGAGUCCAGUCCAGAGAUCCAGAACCAGGAAUUCUGUGGUGCCGCUCUGCUUCUACACACACACACACCAGUGUGGGAGAAAAGGACCAGUUCACUGCAGAGUCUGGGAUUCAGCUCCACCAGGGUACAGGAGAUCCAGUCAGCAGCAACACCGAGGGAGGAGAAGAUCAGCAAGCCAGGCCACUGCAGGACACGGCCCAUUCAGAGCAUUGUCCCUCCUGUUUCACUGUGGGAGGUAGAUGGUACUUCAUCUUUGGCUCUGGAACUAAACUGAUUGUAACAGAUGAGCCGGUAGUGAAGCCCGUGGUGAGCGUGUACCCAGCAGCAUCCAGAGCCCACCUGGAGGGGAAGAGCUCCCUGCUGUGUCUGGCCUCAGCCAUGUUUCCUCCUCUGGUCCAGUUCUCCUGGAAAAGACGAAAGGAGAAUGGUCCUCUGGAGGAGCUGCCCUCUGAUGAGGGAGAACAGCUGGAGAUCAGAGAGUCAGGACACACCGCCUCCAUCUUGCUGAUCCAUCAGCAAGAGAACAGCAAAUAUAAAUACCGCUGUGAUGUCCUACAUGAGGGGGGGACAGUGGAGGCCCAAACAGAACAAGAGGUUUCUACUCUUCCACCACCACUGUCUCAGUACCAAGUGAAGUUGUUCUGUCUGCUGUACACCCAGCUGAUAGUGAAGAGUCUGGUGUACUGCUGUGGACUGCUGAUGAUCCUCAGAAACAAGGGACCAUCCACCAGCUGAACACAUGCUGACUGACUGCUUUCUGUGUGCUGCAGCUUUGUCAAUUUUUCAGUAUAACAUUCUUUGUGAACGUACAUAAACGUCAAAAGUUUCUGGGAUUUUG